AUGACUCACCGAGUGAUAACAGCGAAUAAUGGAAAGAGGAAUGAUGAUGAUCUGAAACAUUUAGAGAUCAUGUUAACGAACAGUAAUUAUCCGGUUAAAACUGUUCGAUCAAAAAUGGAACAUGAAAUAAAAAGAUUGAAUGAGAUACAAAAUGCACCAAACGAGGCGAAACCUAAAGAGAGUGCAAGUGAGGGUAUGGUGGUACUUCCACACCUUCAGGGAAUGAACGAAAGAAUAAAAUCGAAAUUAAAAACAUUUAAUAUUAAAACGUUUUCCCAACAUUCUCCAAAUAUAUUUGCCAGAAUUAAUAAAGCGAAACUAAUUGCGAGAAAAAAUGCGGAACAACCGGUACCAUCGAUAUAUGGAAUUCCGUGCGAGUGUGCUGCCUUGUAUGUGGGAGAAACAAAUGACUAUGUUAGAAGAGAAGGUGAACAUCAGUCGUAUGUUGAUCGAGCAUUACGAGGGGAUGAUUGUGGCGAUUCCGAAUUAGCUAAACACAGUAUAUCUACGGAUGAAUGCCACAUUAGAUGUUAUGAAUUUUAG